UAAAAAAGAUUGAAGUACUGCAUUAGCUAGCUCUCACAUAGUGUUAUGUACAGUCUGACAUUAAUAUUCAUUGCUGAAAGGCUUUACCUGGUUAAGAGUUUUUCCUACCUUGGCAGCACCACUGGCAGCGAGGUGAGCCUCUGCAUAGCAAGAGCCUGUUCAAACUUCGGAACACUUUCCAGUAAUGUUUGGACUAGCAGAGGCAUCUGCUUCCAUAAUAAACUAAAAGUCUACAAGGCAGCUGUGCUCCCUAUGCUACUCUAAGAGGCAAUCAAGAAAAGCCUGCUUUAAUAUUGCACCCGGAUAUUGCGCAUUUAUCGCUAGCUUCAUUUGCAAAGAAUUAACUAUGCAGGGAUUGGACUCAUCUCCCCUCUGUGGACCCACUGACAGAUUCAGCCCCAACUAAUCUCGGAUGACUUGAUUGGUCCUUUUUUGACGAACAAUUUCACUCUCUGUUGGUUGCAUACACAAAAUUUCACUAUACUUUUUAAAUUUUCCAGGGUUUUGUUUUCUUGGUCACCUAUCAUAUUUCUAUUCCAUCUAUGAAUGUUGUAAUGAAGUGUUUAAGUCUGUACUUAUUCAUUUUGUGUACUGACGCCUUUGAAAAAAAUUAUCUUAAAGGUUUGAUUAUGAAAAAGUAAAGAUUGGAAGUAUUUCAGAUGUUUUGAAAGCCUUUGCUAAAUUAGUAUUCAACAAAGUUCAAGUAGUUUUUCAAAGAUAAUUUUUUAUUAAUUGAUUAUGUUUAUUAAAUCACUGAAAGAAGGCUAGAGUAAAAUUAAAAUAAUUAUACCGGUACUCUAUUAAUAAUUUCAGUUACAUUCUUUUAUAUUUCUUUCCCUUAAUAAAAUAGGGUUACAUUUGUAUUUCGCACAGUCCUAUUGAAAAGUAAAGAGCUGAUGAUUACCUCUGUUGAUCAAAGGCAAUGAAUCUAGAUGGUAAAUUAAGUGACGGUGACAAAUUUCUGAAAGCAAGUGAAUACAAGGAGAAAGGUAAUGCAGCCUACAAGGCAGGUGACUUUAAAAAAGCCGCUGGAAGUUAUCACAGAGCAAUCCUUUAUCUUAAAGGUCUCAGCAUCAAUUGCCCAGACAUUGUCGGUGGUUUAACAUCCUUGGGUAAAUUUGAUGAAGCACCUAAGAUGUCCGCAAGUUUAACUGAGGAUGCAAGAUCUCUUACAUGUGAUUGUUACAAUAACUUAGCAGGUAUGUUAGUGUUAGAGAUUUUUUUGUACAACGACCACCUAUCUUACAAAUUACUUUUCAAUUAUAAUAUACAUAAAGUGACAUUUGACCUUGUCAUGUUGGCAAUUAUUAGUUUAAGUUUAAUGAAUUGCUCUAAUAUACUAAUUAUUCGUUCAGUAUAGAAUGUUGAAAAAUAAAGAAUAUGAAGGCAGUUUUUAUCCCUAAUAACAAAAGGGUUGUACGUUUUUAACUUAGACCUUUAUGUUCUUUUGGAAUAAAAAAACUUGAAAUUGCAAGGGGUUUGAAAAUAUUUGUUUAGUUCAAUAACCCUUAAAACUUGUAACUAAUGAUAUUCACAUUCCUCUCAUUUUAAUCAGCUAUUUUGUUCUUGUGGGUUUUUUUUUUUAAAUUUUGUAAUUUAUUGUUUUCAUUGGAAAAUGCAGCCUGCAUGUUAAAGGAUCCCGAACCAAAGUAUCAGAGAAUUAUUGAACAUUGUGACAGAGCUCUAGAUGCAUCGCCUAACAAUUUGAAAGCACUGUUCCGAAAAGGAACUUCACAGUAUGCUGUAGGAGACUAUGAAGAAGCACUUGCAACGUUAGAAAUGGCAGCACCUGGUGUGUAUUUCCAUUUAAAUAUUGAAAGUCAACUUUGUUUUGUUUUUUUAUUGGAUUAUUAAGAAAUAUUUUGUAUAAUAAUUUGGACAAUAUUGUAAGGAAAUCGACCUUAUCUCAACUCGUUCUCAAUCUAUUUCCUGUGGAUGGUAACCUCUUUCACACUGUCUCUCUUACUGCAACACACAUUGACUGUUAGACUUCACUUUAUUGGCUCAGCUCAACAAUCAUGACCUUGCAAUUUUGCUCUGACUGUCCCGGGUUAGUGUCUCCUCAUGUCUAUCCUGGCCACUAGACUGUCUGGCCCACCCUCAGUCCAACUAACUCUCUCCGGCUUCGCUCACUUGGCGUACAACGCUUCACUCGGCUUGUCUCUGCUUUACUCUCCUUAGCUCAUGGUUAACUCUCCCUCAAAAUCUAAUCAUCCCCUCUUAUAGGUCCACGAGCCGACCGAAGUGUCCUAGAGAUUACCCGUGCUAUUCUAAUUCUAAUGCAAAUUAUCUUAGCGCCAUCGUCACGCUCUUGCUUGGUGGUCAGUCCUUGGUACCGUUUGUUUUCUUCCCUCACACCUGCCUGAUUACCUCCCCUGCCUUCUAAAGUCUUGAUUUAUACUAAUUUCCUGUCAAACGCAUGCUUUUCUGGGUCUGUGGCAUCUCCUACAAUCUUAUGCUCGUGUGAUUCGCCUGUUUUCGACUGUGGGUUUUACCCCUUGCUCCUGCCCGCUGCAUUCCACGUUUUAAUUUAUCUGCAGUCUGCUGCAAUCUUAUGCGCAUGCUUGUUGGUCAGACUUCCACUGUAGGUUUACCCCGCACCGUUGACAUCCCCUGUAUUCCACGUCUUAAUUUAUCUGCUACGCGUGUCAAUUAGCCAAACACCUGGGCUGAACUCUCUACAAUAUUUUGUCAAUUUGUUUGAGCCAUUAUCUUUUUUUUACACAAUUAUAUAGAGGAUUUUAAUAGAAAGAAAAUGUGCAAGUCAUAUAGGCCUUUUUUAAUUUGAUUGAUUACAGAUAUAGCACGCUUUGUUAACCGUACAUUACUUGUUGAUAUUUCAGAUCCUAGUGUCAGGAAAUAUAUUGAAUUAUGCAAAGCAGGAAUAAAAAAGCAAGACAGAGAGAUGGCAGAGAAAUUCAAAGGAAUGUUUAAAUCCUGAUAGUUUAAUGUUUGCUGUUUCGUGAAUAUUCCUUCUUAUUUUAUACAGGUUAAAUUUGAUAUUAAAAUUUUAAAUUUAUUAUA